GAUUCUCACAACAAAAGGGUUACCUCGAAUAGCUAAGUGAAAAAAACAUAAGUGUUUUUCCAGGUAAACUUUAUUGUUUAAAUAUGAUAUGAAAAAAAUUGAGGCUAACACAGAGCCUUUCCUCUUUAUCCUCUAUAUGCUUUUGUUUAUUUGCUGGCUCUCACUCGGCUUAUGCCUCCACGAUCGUAAGUUUUACAACGGUUAGUGAAAACCAGCCUUAAUAAAAGCUAAGUAUACGCACAAAGACCAGACAUUACUUUCACCUAUUUUUUGUAUAAUGUAAUUUUCUUAUAUUAUCUACAAUACUCAAAUUUCCGUCUGUGAGCUAAAAAGGUAGAUGCGAGUAGCGACAGUAGCAUUCCUGUGGAUUUACCAUGGGCUAACGACGAGUUUGUUAUACUUUCUUAAUCGUGUCAAGUUUAUUGUGUGUCACAAAAAUGUUAUCCUUUUUUUAUUGCAGGUCACAGAAAUAACAACAGCUUACAUUGUAUAUCUUUCUCGACAUCUGAAGAGGUAUUAACAGUUACGUCUUUAAGAAGUACUUAGAUAAGUUGAAAUCAUGUUUUUGUAGAUCCACCAUUGUGACUUUGGAUGAGGUGAACGGCUUUAAGAUGAGCUCUGCAAGUAUUAUCAUGGUUCUAAUAACCCUGCUUGUUUUAACUCAAGGACGAGAUAACAAGUUCCAGUUGGCUCCACACAAUGUCACGUUUUACUUUGGUACAUCACGAUACAUGCAACAGUUAUGCAUACCUCCAGAUAUAAUCCCAAGACCAGAAGUAAGGUGGAAGAAGGGGAACCAGACAUUAACCAAUGGAAAGCGCGUAUUGAUGCUUGCUAGUGAAGAAUUGAAAUCGUUUGAUACUAAAGUUCAUGUUAAAAACGGAAGCAGAGUUUUCCUGUUGUCAAUAAAUCCAGUUGGUGAAACAGAUCAGGGAAUAUAUCAUUGCGUUUUUAACAGCACAAAUGGAGAAGAAUCUGCAAGCUUUUCUGUGAAAAUUACAGAUUCUUGCAAACCUGGUACAUUCAAAUGCAGAGCAGAUAAGAAAUGUAUACUGGCGUCGGCGUUAUGUGACGGUGUAGUACAUUGUAGCGACAGUUCGGACGAGCGUGAUCAAUGCUGUAUGUAUAUUUACUUAAGUCUUCAUGAAUUGGCUUCGAUAGCUAAAAAAAAAACAUGUCAUUUAAUUUUGUUGUGCCAAAUUUGAGUUAUUAGGAUGGUGACACCCGUCUCUCUGGAAUGAUGGUAAACUCCCUUUCUCUAGAAUGUCAGAAAAUGUCAGAUCAAGGUGAAUUGUUAAAAUACGGGUCUGUUGUCUUUUGUACGGUAGCAAAGGCUGGCCUAAUAUCUUUAAGUACCCCCAAAAAACACUUUUGCGCCACUUACACGUCCAUUUUCAUCGACGUUAUCCUUCUUUUGAGAUCACUCUAAAAAUUAUCAUCAUUUUCUGUU